UGAAGUAGCUGAUUUCUAAUGAGAAAGUUUAUUUUAAAGUUGUUGCUGUUCAGGCAUUGGGAUUAGAAUGGUGCCUACCAUUUUGCUGAGCACCUUUUUGCUUCAUUGGACUAUUGCUGUGGCUUCAAAACUGCAAUAUAUCCUAUGGGUCCCCUCUGUGAUAAAGAGUUAUUCUGCAGAAAUAGCUUGCCUCCAUCUUUUAAACCUCAAUGAAUCUGUAUCCUUGAGUGUUUUCUUAGAAUAUGAUGGAUCUAAUACCACAAUUUUUGACCUGUCUGUGGGAGAAGACACCUUCUAUGCUUGUGCAGAUUUCAAGGUCUCUCAGAAGUCUUCUGAACAGUUUGCUUUUGUGACACUCUUGGCUAAGGGAGAUACUCUUACAAUCUUUGAGAGAAGAUCUGUAGCAAUCAGUUCAGAGGAGAAAGUAACUUUUGUGCAGACAGAUAAGCCCAUCUAUAAACCUGGAGAGAAUGUUAAAUUUCGCAUUGUGACAUUGGAUACCCACUUCAAACCUAUUGAGGAUUUGUAUCCUUUAAUCACACUUCAGGAUCCUCAAAACAAUAAGAUUUUUCAAUGGCAAAAUGUGACCUCUUUCAGAAAUGUUACCCAACUGUCAUUCCAAUUGAUUUCAGAACCAAUUAUUGGAGAUUAUACAAUUGUUGUAAAAGGAAAAUCAGGAAAUACACUGAUGCAUGAAUUUACUGUUAAUAAAUAUGUGUUGCCCAAGUUUGAAGUUAAGGUCAGUGCUCCACAAACAAUAACUAUUUCAGAUGAUGAAUUUCAAGUGGACACAUGUGCUAAGUACACUUAUGGCCAGUCUGUGCAAGGAAAAGCCCAAAUCCGCAUAUGCAGAAAAUUUUUUUCUUCUACAAGUUGUGAGAAUGAAAACAAUGAAAUAUGUGAGCAAUUUAUAGCACAGUUGAAAAAUGGUUGUGUUUCUCAAAUUGUACCCACAAAAGUCUUCCAAUUUUAUCGUUCUGGGUUGCUUAUGACAUUGAAUAUCAAUGUAGUUGUUACAGAAUUUGGGACAGGUGUACAGAUCAGUGAAAAGACCUCCAUUUUUAUCACUCCAUUGCUUGGCAGAGUCAACUUUGAGAAUAUGGACCCUUUCUAUAGAAGAGGAAUUUCUUAUUUUGGAACUCUUAAAUUUUAUGGUCCUAACAAUGUACCUUUGGCGAGCAAGUUAUUGCAAUUGGAGCUCAAUGAUAAAUUUAUAGGAAAUUACACUACAGAUGAGGAUGGUGAAGCUCAGUUUUCCAUCGAUACUUCAGACAUAUUUGAUCCAGAGUUCAAUCUGAAGGCUUCAUAUGUUCAACCUAAGAGCUGCUAUCCUAACAGCUGGUUGACACCUGAAUAUUCGGAUGCCUACUUCAGAGUCUCACGCUUUUAUUCACGAACCAGCAGCUUCCUGAAGAUUGCUCCUGAACCGAAGCAGCUUAGAUGUAACCAACAGAAGAUUAUUACCAUUUAUUACUCCUUAAAUCCUGAUGCAUAUAAGGAUGAUUCACAUGUCAACUUCUACUAUUUAAUGAUGGUGAAAGGAGCUAUCUUUCUCAGUGGACAAAAGGAAAUCAAAAACAAAGCCUGGAAUGGGAACUUCUCAUUCCCCAUCAGCAUCAGUGCUGAUCUGGCUCCUGUGGCUGUCCUCUUUGUCUACACCCUUCACCCCAGUGGAGAAAUCGUGGCUGACAGUGUCAAGUUCCAGAUUGAGAAAUGUUUUAAAAACAAGGUUAGCAUAAAGUUCCAUAAGGAGCAGGGGCUUCCUGGCUCUAAUGCCAGUCUCAAUCUUCAAGCAGCUCCUGACUCAUUCUGCGCCCUCCGCGCUGUGGAUAAAAGUGUCCUCCUGCUGAAAUCGGAACAACAACUAUCAGCUGAAAGUGUGUACAACCUGCUUCCAAACGUAGAACCAUAUGGUUAUUUCUACCAUGAUCUCAACCUAGAUGAUGGCAAGGUGAACCCUUGCAUUCCUCAGAAGAAUAUGUUCUACAAUGGUUUGUAUUAUAUGCCUAUAACUAACUAUGGAGAUGGAGACAUCUAUGAUAUUGUCAGGGACAUGGGUCUGAAAGCCUUUACCAAUCUCCAUUACCGGAAACCAGAAAUAUGUUCAGAGGAGCAUGAUCUGCCAUUCCCUAGGCCUGUCUAUCUAAAAAGAGGAGAGUAUGCAUUGAUGCAGAAUGCUCCAGCUAGAAGUGCAUCUGUUGAGUUCACAGCAGAUGUCAACUAUGCGGAACAGGCUAUAAUUGAAACAGUAAGAACAAACUUUCCUGAGACAUGGAUAUGGGAUCUUGUCAGUGUUGAUUCCUCAGGUUCUGCAAAUCUUUCAUUCCUCAUCCCUGAUACCAUAACCCAAUGGGUGGCAAAUGCCUUCUGUGUGAAUGGUGAUGCUGGAUUUGGUAUUUCAUCAACAGUCUCCUUGGAAGCUUUCCAAUCUUUCUUUGUUGAAAUCGUUGCCCCCUUUUCAGUUGUUCAAAAUGAGCAGUGUGAUUUGAUCAUCAAUGUCUUCAGUUACCUGAAUACUUGUAUAGAGGUAUCUGUUCAACUAGAAGCAUCUCAGAAUUAUGAAGCCAACAAAAACACCCUGAAAAGCAAUGGCAGUGAGAUUAUCCAGGCUGGAGAGAAGAAAACAUACCUCUGGACUCUUAUACCUAAGAAAUUGGGUAAAGUGAAUAUCACUGUGAUUGCCGAGUCCAAACCAAACAGCGCCUGCCCAGCAACUGAGCAGCAAAAUCUCAACUGGAAAGACACUGUGGUCAGAAGCUUAUUAGUAGAGCCGGAAGGUGUUGAAAAGGAAAUGACCCAGAGUUUCCUUAUCUGUACAAAAGGUGCCAGAGCCUCUGAGGAUAUAGUUUUGGACCUUCCAAAUGAUGUAAUAGAAGGCUCAGCCAGAGCCUUUGUCACUGUUGUGGGUGACAUUCUAGGAGUUGCAAAGCAGAAUCUGGAUAAUCUUGUCCAAGUGCCUUAUGAAUCUGGAGAGCAGAAUAUUGCCCUUCUAUCUUCUAAUACCUAUGUCCUUGACUACCUGAAAUUUACUGAACAAUUAACAGAGGAAUUUAAAUCUAAAACUUUCUUUCUCUUAUCUAAUGGUUAUCAAAAGCAGUUGUCUUUUAGAAACUCUGAUGGUUCAUAUAGUUUGUUUUGGCAGUGGAAUCGGAAAGGAAGCAUAUGGCUCACUGCCCUUACUUUUAAGACAUUGGAGAAAAUGAAAGAAUAUGUAUUUAUUGAUGAAACAGUUCAAAAGCAGAGUUUAAUCUGGCUUUCAAGCAAACAGAAAAGCAAUGGCUGCUUUGAAAAUGAUGACAAGCUGCUCAACAAAAAGGGUGGCGAUGAAGAGGACAUUUUACUCACUGCAUAUAUCGUUGAAGCGCUCCUUGAAGCUGGGCUCAGUUCCACUUUUCCUGUUCUGCGCAAUGGGCUCUUUUGCCUAGAGGAGGCAUUGGAAAGCGGUGUCUCUAAUGGCUAUACCCAGGCAAUCCUAGCUUACGCUUUUGCAUUAGCUGGAAAAGAAGAGAAAGUGGAAGCCUUAUUCCAGAUCCUGGAUCAAUCUGCUAUAAAAACAAAUAAUGUGAUAUAUUGGGAAAGAGAAAAGAAACCCAACACAGAAGAAUCCCCAUCCUAUACUCCUUGGGCACUUUCUGGGGACAAUGAGAAGACUUGCUAUGUGCUGUUGGCUGUCAUUUCCUGGAAAACUCAGGACCUCAGCUAUGCUAGUAAGAUUGUGCAGUGGCUGGCUCAACAGAUGAACUCCCAUGGUGGCUUCUCUUCCAGCCAGGACACCAUAGUCUGCCUUCUUGCCAUAACUCGCUACAUGAAAUUAACCUUCUCUAGUGAUCAAAACACCGUCACCUUUAGAAGUGAACAGUCCAAUGAGAUUUUCCAGAUCAACAAUGAUAACCGCCUCCUGGUUCAACGUUUAGAACUAUCAAAAGCACGUGGACAAUACACAGUAGAUGUGGAAGGACAUGGCUGCACAUUUAUCCAGGCAACCCUCAAGUAUAAUGUGCCACUCCCUAAGGAAGCUUCUGGAUUUUCCCUUUCCUUGGACAUAGUAAAGAAUAACUCCUCAGAUAUAUUCCAGGCUAAUUUUGAUCUUACAGUGACCUUCAAAUAUACCGGAAUUCACAAUAACUCCAUUAUGGUCCUUGUGGAUGUAAAGAUGCUAUCAGGAUUUACUCCCAUCCUGACAUCUAUUCAAGAGCUUGAGAACAAUGUCCAAGUAAUGAAGACUGAAAUAAAACAUGACCAUGUUCUUUUCUACAUGGAAAAUGAUGAGGGAAUGGAUAUUAGGAUGCAGUAUGUUCUGCUGGUCCCUUCUGUUCUCCAAGAAGGCUCUUUGGAUAAAGCUUGUGUUCAGCUUUUUAAUGUGACUGAGUUUCUUGUUUUGACUGUCUCCAUCAACUAUGGUGAGGUCCAGACCAAAAUACUUGAAGAACAGGUUACAGGAGAAAAUGUCUUCAAAUGCUUCAGCUUUGAGGUUCCUCAGGCCAGAUUGGACCCAGUGGCUUUCAUCACAUUCUCUGCUAAAGGAGGCACAAUCAAUCUGGAAGAGAGAAGAGCUGUGGCAAUCAGCCCCAGGGAAAAUGUGGUCUUUGUGCAGACAGAUAAAUCCAUCUACAUGCCUGGACAGAAAGUGUUGAUUCGAGUUAUGUCUCUGGAUGAUUAUUUGAAGCCUGUUGAGGAAAUGUAUCCAGUAAUCACCCUCAAGGACCCACAGGGUAAUCACAUACAACGGUGGGUUAAUGAGAAGGCUGUGAAAGGCGUGCUACCACUCUCCUUCCAGUUAAUCCCGGAGUCCAUCCUAGGAUGGUAUGAGAUCACCGUGGAGAUGGGCUCUGGAAACAAAGAAUACCACUCUUUCUCUGUGGAAGAAUAUGGUAAACAUGCAGCUACAAAAAUAUGA